AAGAGUUGGAAAGAUUUAAAUCCAAAUUGGGAUUAUCAUUUAAGUGAAGAUAAGGAAGAAAAUAAUUGGGUGAAUAGGAUUUUAAGUUUUCAAGAAUCAAGUUUAUUAAGGUCUUGGAAUUCAUUAUCAAACGAACCAGUCAUGAGAGCUGAUCUUUGGAGAUACCUUAAAUUAUUAAUCGUCGGUGGUGUUUAUUCUGAUAUGGAUACUAGAUGUUUAAAACCGAUUGAAACUUGGAUGGAAUGUCAUUUAAGUGAUCAUCAAGAAAUUGAAAAUAAUUUCACCAAGAAUGAGACCACAGUAGAGAAAAGUUUGUUGGAUUGGACUUAUAAAGGAACUGAAAAACCAAGUGUGAUUGUAGGAAUUGAAGCAGAUGUAGGUGAUCGAGCGGAUUGGGAAGAAUGGUGGCCGCGUCCGAUCCAAUUAGUCCAAUGGACAAUUGCAGCCGCACCAGGACAUCCAAUCUUAAUCGACACGCUUCGACGACUCGUCUCUACACUUGAUUUACCACCUAUCUCAUUAUCCAACUCAAGAUUGUUUACUGAAAAAGUAGCCGAAUCAGAAGCCGAACGGAUCAUGAGAGUGGUCAAAGCUACCGGUCCGGCUCCUUUUACAGAUGCAGUACUUAGAUAUUUAGGUGUGAUCACUAGAGGUGAAGUGGUUUGGAAUUCUUUGAGAAACUUACCAGCUUGUGGACUUAGGAUUGGUGAUGUACUUGUUUUACCUAUCUCUGGAUUUAGUCCCGGG